GGGAACGCCUCUUCACGUGACGGGCCUGGAGGCUGGGGCAGGCCCGGCUCCGGUGAAAGGAAGAGGCGGAGGCCUAGGCCUUGGCGCCGCCGGCCAUGGAGCGGUUCAGAACGGGCUACGCCGGCGAGGAAGCCGAGGCCCCUGGCGGCGACCAGCAAGCCCGACAGCAGGCGCGCCAUUACCAGUUGCUCUCCGACCUGCAGGCCCUCGUCAAGGGCUUGCCCAGCUCCUCCCAGCAGCGAUUGUCCUAUACCAUCCUCAGUGAUCUGGCUUUGGCUCUAAUCGACGGGACAGUCUUCGACAUUGUCCAAGGCUUGCUUGAGAUCCAGCACCUGACAGAGAAAAACCUCUACAACCAGCGGCUCAAGUUGCAUCAUGAACACCGAGUGCUCAAGCAGGAAAUGUUUCAUAAGCACAAGGAAGCGCAGCAGUGUUGCAAGCCUCACAACAUGUUGCUUCUCAAAGCUGCUCAGCAGAAGGAACUAGAGGCCAUGGAGCUCCGAAUUCAUGAGGAGCAGCACAUGAUGGAUGAGAAAAUUGUCCUGGAACUGGAUCAAAAAGUCAUUGACCAGCAGAGCACUUUGGAGAAGGCUGGUGUAUCUGGGUUUUAUGUCACAACAAACCCACAGGAACUCACACUCCAAAUGAACCUGCUGGAACUAAUUCAAAAGCUACAGCAAAAGGAAUCUCUGCCAAGGAGGCCUUUCACUUGAAAAGGAGGCCACACUUAAAUUGCUCACUUACCAUUUCUGGUCACGGUCCUGCUGAGGUGGCAUGAUCAGGGAUGUGGGGUGGCGAUGGUGGUUAGCUGGCUAGGUAUUUUUGUGCAAAAAGGUUGGUGCAUCCUGUUCCAUCUCCAGAUAGCAGAAAAAUCUGAGGCAAGUACUAGGAAUUGCCCUUUUUCUGCUGGGACAUUAGCAGGGGGACUGAAAGAGGCCAGUCCUCUAACCCCCACUAAGGCCAGAAGUUGAUUCUGUAUUUAUUUAUUAUUUCUUUUGUUUUUUAAUUUAUUUAUAGCUGUUGCCCAGUUUCCACAUCUCAAGUUUGAAUUUGAAAAUGUGGCAUGUGAAUCAGACAGUAAACAGUGUUAAUUUCCCUC